AUGUUGCGACAAUCCUUCAGGGCCUUUGCCCGCACGGCCGUUGCGAGACCAGCCGCGGCGAGAAGUUACGCUACCUUCAACUGGGAGGAUCCCCUCAAUGCGAACAACCUCUUUACCGAGGAAGAGCAGGCCAUUGCAGAAACCGCAGAGCGAUACUGUCAGGAGCGGCUACAGCCCAGGGUCUUGCAGGCCUACCGAGACGAACACUAUGACCCCAAGAUCCUCGAAGAGAUGGGCGAGCUGGGCCUGCUUGGCUCCAGCAUCAAGGGCUACGGAUGCGCUGGCGUUUCUUCGGUGGCCGGCGGCCUGAUUACACGAGCAGUCGAGCGAGUCGAUAGCGGCUACCGGUCCGGUAUGUCGGUGCAGUCGUCCCUCGUCAUGGGCGGCAUCCACGAGUUCGGCACCGAGGAGCAGAAGGAGAGGUUUCUCCCGGAGAUGGCCAGGGGCAAGCUCAUUGGCGCCUUUGGCCUGACGGAGCCCAAUCACGGCAGCGACCCGGGCAGCAUGGAGAGCGUCGCGAAGCCGCAUCCGACUAAGAAGGGAUACUACUCACUCAGCGGAGCCAAGACAUGGAUCACCAACAGCCCAAUCGCCGACGUGCUGUUGGUCUGGGCUAAGCUGCAGGAGACGGGCAAGAUCAGGGGCUUCUUGGUUGAGAGAAGGGACUGCCCGCCUGGAACGCUCGAGACGCCCGCCAUCAAGGACAAGAACGGGCUCCGAGCUUCCAUCACGGGCAUGAUCCAGAUGGACGGCGUCCCGGUGCCAGAAGCCAACAUGUUCCCUGACGUCGAAGGCCUCAAGGGGCCCUUUAGCUGCCUCAACAGCGCCAGAUACGGCAUCUCGCUCGGCGUCAUGGGCGCCCUGGAGGACGCCAUUGCUCGAGCCCGCACCUACUCCCUGGAGCGAAAGCAGUUCAAGGGCAACCCUCUGGCCAGGUACCAGCUCAUCCAGAAGAAGCUCGCCGACGCCGCCACAGAUGCCGCCUAUGGCACGCUGGCCGCGGUGCAGGUCGGUCGGCUCAAGGACGAGGGCAAGGUGACUCCCGAGAUGAUUAGCAUGGUUAAGAGACAGAACUGUGAUUCGGCGUUGCGCAACGUCCGCGUGCUGCAGGAGAUUUUCGGUGGAAACGCCGUGAGCGACGAGUAUCACAUUGGAAGACAUGUGGCGAACCUGUUUGUGACGCAGACGUACGAGGGACAGAGCGACAUCCACAGUUUGAUAUUGGGCAGGGCGAUUACCGGUAUACAAGCGUUUGUGUGA